UGCGCGGAGACGUCCGGACGCCGGCGUCAGCGUGGGCUGAGGUGGCAGUGGCGCAGUCACCAUGGAGCUCCCGGCGAUGUCGGAUGUCAUGUUGCUGUCCUUUUUCGUCGGGCUGUUUGCCCUGAUGGCGUCGGUGGCAAUCGCGCGGGGGUGGCUGCGUGCGGAGGAGGAGAAGAAGAAGGCCAGCCAGCCUGUCGCCCAAAAAACAAACAGACCCAAGAAGCCAGGAUCUAAAAAGCAGAAACAGCAGCAGCGGAUUCGAAAGGAGAAGCCUCAGCAACACAACUUCACCCACCACCUUUUGGCUGCAGCACUGAAGAGCCAUAGUGGGAACAUAUCAUGCAUGGACUUCAGCAGCAAUGGCAAGUAUCUGGCCACCUGUGCAGACGAUCGCACCGUCCGCAUCUGGAGCACCAAGGACUUCCUGCAGCGGGAGCACCGCAGCAUGCGAGCCAACGUGGAGCUAGACCAUGCCACCUUGGUGCGCUUCAGCCCUGACUGCAGAGCCUUCAUUGUCUGGCUGGCCAAUGGGGACACCCUCCGGGUCUUCAAGAUGAGCAAGCGAGAAGAUGGAGGCUUUACCUUCACAGCCACCUCAGAGGACUUCCCUAAAAAGCACAAAGCUCCUGUCAUCAACAUUGGGAUUGCUGACACAGGAAAGUUCAUCAUGACAGCUUCCAGCGACACAACUGUCCUCAUCUGGAAUCUGAAAGGCCAGGUGUUGUCUACCAUUAACACCAACCAGAUGAACAACACCUACGCUGCCAUAUCCCCUUGCAGCAGGUUUGUGGCCUCAUGUGGCUUCACUCCGGAUGUGAAGGUCUGGGAAAUCUGCUUUGGGAAGAAGGGCGAAUUCCAAGAGGUUGUGCGAGCCUUUGAACUGAAGGGCCACUCAGCAGCUGUCCACUGCUUCGCCUUCUCCAACGACGCCCGGCGGAUGGCCUCUGUGUCCAAGGACGGCACAUGGAAACUGUGGGACACCGAUGUGGAAUACAAGAAGCAGCAGGACCCCUAUUUGCUGAGGACAGGCCGCUUUGAAGAGGCGAGCACCAUGCCGUGCCGCCUGGCACUCUCCCCAGACACCCAUGUCUUGGCCUUGGCCAGCGGCACCAGCAUUCACCUCUACAACACACGGCGCGGUGAGAAGGAGGAGAGCUUUGAGCAGGUCCACGGGGAGUGUAUCGCUGACUUGGCCUUUGACAUCACUGGCCGCUUGCUGGCCUCCUGUGGGGACCGGGCUGUGCGCCUCUUCCACAACACCCCAGGCCACCGGGCAGUGGUGGAGGAGAUGCAGACCCUUCUAAAGCGUGCCUCCAGUGACAGCACCCGCCAGAGGCUGCAGCAGCAGCUGGCCCAGGCCCAGGAGGCCCUUAAGAGCCUGGGUGCCCUGAAGAAGUGACUGGCUCAGGCAAGGUCUUGCCACCUGUACCCACUGCCGCCACUUUCUUCCCAGGUGCUCCCAGGUGGAAACCUUCCGGAAGGAGUCCCCUGAUUUUCUCACUGGUCUCUGUCCCAUUAAUCCUAUUCUUGGCUACUUAGAGCUCGCUCUCCCCUUACUGGUUUUGACUCCUGGACCCAGGAACAAGGAGCUUCUCUCCUGGGUACAAGAGGUGGCGUCUGUCCCCAUCUAGCACUGAGGAGAGUGGUAGAGGAGCGAGAGAAUUUGACCUUUUGACAAUGCACCGUGACACCCAGAGAAGUUCAUAAAUACAGAGGUGAAGCUCGGAAACACCCUGAACAAGGUGCAGCUUUGCAGGGUGAGACGUUGGAAACCUGGUUACAGAGCAGGGCAGUGAAGUCAGGGGAAGCUGAGUCUUCACCGGAACCAGGCUCCUGACUCCAGCAGAAAGGAAAUGGAAUGGAUUGCAUUCUGGGCUUCUGUUUUCUUCUUUGCAUAAUGGAGAACAAUGCUGUGGCUGCUUCCCAGAGGCGCCGAUGUGAAAUGAGUACAAAGUCCCCACACUUUGGAGGACGAGGAAAAGAGGGUCAGUGUCAUUAACAACCAGCUAUAGGUGGGGGUCAAACACAAACUCGUUCCUUAGUAAGGUGCUGUUGGCUAGGACUCAGACAUUUUGUACCUGGGUCAGCUUCACAUUUUGUGAAGGAAUAGUGUUAUCUCGAGGUGGGGCUCCUGCCUUUCCGAAGGGUACAUUCGCUUAAGGAGCCCUCUUCAGCUCAUCACUUAAUGUGCUUACCCACCCUGACCGGCACAGCACUGAACAGGGAUGAUAAAUGUGAAGUGGGCUCUGCCAUCAAGGAUGCCUGGAGGGAGGAAAUAAACACAUUUUUCAUUUAUUCAUAGCUACAGUAGACUAUGAUAAAGGUCAAGAGAGGAUUGCAACCAGGAUGGAGGCAUUGGGUAGGAAGUGGAAGGGAUACUUUUGAUAAGGGAUUAUGUCUUCAGAAGUCUGAAUUUUGGGCUGAGCAUGGUGGCAUACACCUGUAAUCCCAGCACUGGGAAGGCAGGACUGAGGCAGGAAGAUUGCCCCGAGUUUGAGUCCAGCCUGGGCUACAUAGCAAGACCCUAUCUCAAAACAAAAAGUUUGAAUUUUGGGAUUUGGGGACUGUCUAGGGAGAGGCCAGGAGAUGAGGACUCUGGAGGAUUUGGGAUGAGGCAAAAUAUAUUCAUCAAAAAUCCAAGUCUUGGGCCGGGCAUUUAGCUCAGUGGUUCUGGUGCCUGCCUCACAAGCACAAGGUCCUGAGUUCAAUCCCCAGUACCAAAAAAAAAAAAAAAAAAAAUCAUCCAAGUCUUGAUCUCUUGACCAAAACCAGGGCCUGCCCUAGUUGUCCCCAGUGCUGUCGAAUGUCAGAGCAAGCCACAGCCUUGCCGUGGUCCUUAUUGCUCCUUUUUCUUGACACCCUCCAUCCACCACCAUUACCUCAUCCUCACCUCAGAAACCCCUUUCCUUGUGCUUCAGGUGACAUGCAGAGCCUGCCACCAUCCUGGACAUGGCUCCUGUCACCCAGUGGCUUCUGUUUUCCUUUGUUGCCUGGUUAAUUUGCUCUUCAACAUAGCAGACUGAUCUUUUGACAGUGUAAAACAGAUCAUGUUACUCCUUUCAGAGGUUUCCCUUCACUCUUGGAACAAAAUCCACAAUUCUCACCCUGGCUCACACAGUGCUAUGUAACCUCGCUGUCCCUCUGUGAUCCCUUCCUGCUCCAGCCAUGCCAGUCUUGCUGCCCCAGAAUGGGCAAGCUCUUUGUAGCUUCAAGUAGGCCCUGUGCCUUGCUGGUUCCUCCCUGUGGAAGCAUUUUUCUUCUCUGUUGACAGCAGGCUGGCCACAACUCAGUUCUUGGUUUCUUUGUACCUUGAAAUUAUCCUCCCUGCCGCCGCAUCUGAAGCAGCCCUUUCCCCCCAUCAUCACAGGCAUCACAGCUGAUUUCCUUCGUUAUAUUACUCAAUGCUGUCAGAAAGAAGCCUGUUUGGAUACUUGUCUGCUUCAGGGGUUUCAGCUUCAAUGCUUACAAAUCUCAAGUGGAUGCUAAAAUCACUGGAGACUGCAGCAAGCUGGAGGAGAAGGGGUCCUGGGUGUUUGGGUGGGGGGCAGGCUGCUGUGCAAGGUGCCUGUCUGAGAAGCUUGCCAUUGGCACCUUACUGAAAACAUCAAGCACUAUGAGGACCACACAAGACACUGACAUGGCCAGGAUGUGACCAGCCAGACUCACUGGCAGCCCGAGGAUUGAAGAACCCACGAGAAUGUGAGCUGCAUGAGGACUGGGUGUGCUUCAAGCCAGGUCCCAGGCACAGCAGCUGGGACAAAAUAAGCCCUGGGUAAAUGCUGAGCACAGACCAAGAGCUGUGGGUAGAAAUUGCGGUGUCCUGCCUGCCUCAUGCACUCCCGGUCUCCACUGUGGGCUUCCGUUCCUAAGGGUGAUGAAACUGCACCAGGGCCUGGCGGAUGCCUGAUUGUCAGAAGGAUGAAACUCUUUGACAUGCCUGUUUGGAGAAGCAUCUCUGGCCUUACUCUGUGCUCGAUGCAGGGAGAGGAAGAAUUGUGUUACUAAAGUCUGACAUCUUGGUACUGUUGUAGCUGGGUCACUGACUUGGGAUCAAGAGCAGGGAGGUAACCUGGCCUCUGGGUUAGUUUCCUCACCUGUAAAAUGGGAAGAAAUUCUGUCCUUGCCUACUUUCCUAUGUUAUGAGUUUCUGAGUAAAAAUGCUACAGAAAGCUCAUUGUACAGUCUCUUUAAGGACCGGAAGUUCUUCCGAGAGAUGGUGCCGCUUCUCUUGUAACCAUAGAGAAAGUGGAUACCAACGUAGAGCAGCAGCUGCCAAGUUUCUUAGGUUAAAAAGUCUUUGUGAAUAAAGGAAUCAUAAAUAAUUUCAA